AAAAAAAAAAAAAAAAAAAAAAAACAAAAAAAAACCGGAUUCCGUGGAGUGGACGAGAGAAAGACGCACAGAGAGAGAGAGGGAGGAUUUGCACUACCCCCUAGGACAUGACUACCAAAGAACACGAGGCGGGCGAGGAGGAGCAGACGUUUCUCCCAAAGGCCCCCUCUAGCGACGAUGUCUCAGCCGAGUUUGGGCCGGAAGUCCGGGGGCGCGGCGCAAGCGGUCCCCGGAAAAGGGGCGUCGUAUGGUGGUUGAGGCUGUUUCUGGACAUCGCCAUGGCUGGCACGAUAGCAUAUCUGCUCGUCGCCAAGCCCUUUGUCGUCAGCCGCGAGACUCUGAGGCGGACGCCCGUCCCUCGGUUCCCUCGCAAGAUAUACACGUUCCGGAACGAUCCCAAGUACGCCCGGGAGGAUAUGUGGUAUAACGAGACGGAGACUCUCCGCACUCUCCACAACUGGAUCGGGUUGAGCUCAGAGAGCCGAGGUUACGUCGUCGUCAAGGACGCCAGCCGCUACGACCUGCCGGAGCCGUACACGGUCGCGCUGGACCGGCACAACGACGGGCCGGGGUACAUGAUGACCGUCUUCCACCAGCUCCACUGCCUCUCCUACCUGGCCGAGCACUGGCAGCGGGGGUACGCCGGCUUCAACCUGACCGAGGAAGUCGCCCACCACACGGCGCACUGCUUCAACUACCUCCGCCAGGGCAUCAUGUGCUCGGCCGACACGACGCUCGAGGGCAAGACCGGGGCCGGGCCGGGCGAGGGCUCGGAGCACGAGUGCAAGGACUACGACGCGGUGCUGAAGUGGGCCAACGAGCACUCGGCCAUGAAGUGGCGGAACGCGCUGCUCCCGGACACGUCGAUUCUUUGACCGUAGAUUUUUUUUUAAAAAAGAAAAUUAAAACUCCAGCACAUCGUGGAGGGGCGAAUUCAAGUCUUUCUUGCCCGUCGUCAAAAUCCGCGUUGC